UAUUAGAGGAAGCGACUUUCGUCCUGUGUCCUUGUGCUUGUCCAGCGGUAACGACACAACGUUUUAAACAUGUUUAGGCACUUGAUGGCUCUUCGGCAGAUGUCCAGACGGACCAUUACCAGCAGUGCCCGUCGACAGGUAGACAACAAGGUCCCAGACAAGCAGAAGCUGUUUCAAGAGGAUAAUGGGAUGCCUGUUCAUCUGAAAGGAGGGGUAAAAGAUGCUCUGUUGUACAGGUUAACAAUGGCCCUCACUGUCUUUGGAAGUGGCUUUGUGGUGUAUGAGUUGUUUGAUGCUGCAAUGCCUAAGAAGAAGGAGUGAGCAUGCUCCAUAAUCUGUGUUUUCCAUUUCUCCUGUGCAGUUUUAAAUAUCAAUAAUCAGGAAGAUUAUUUGUCUUGUCAGUUUUUUUUUUCAUGUACAUGGGAUCAAUAUUUAUUGAUUGUAAUGUAAAACUAUCAUUCAAAAUAAA